CAGAAUAACAUUCGAGAAUGGGACAUGGAAUGAGACGACGGCCGCAGCACCCCCAAGCCCAGGCCCAGGCCCAGAAGCAGCCCCCGUCUUCCCCGCCGCCCGGAGAGGCUCCGCAGCCAUGAGGUCGACUGUCCGAAGGCACGGCCCGUAAGCAGAGCUCCGGCCGCCGCUCCCCCUUGGUGCGUCCUGCCGCAGCGAGAGGCAUGGAGAAGGCCGCCCCCGCCGGGCGCUGAUCCCCGUGCUGCGCCCGCGAGCACACGCCCCCUGCGCAGCCCUCCGCGUCCCCCGCCCCGGCCCCACCAUGACCGGCUCCGCGGCAGACACUCACCGCCGCCCCCACCCCAAAGGCGCCAAAGGCACCCGGUCCCGGAGCAGCCACGCGCGGCCCGUGAGCCUCGCUACCAGCGGGGGCUCGGAGGAGGAGGACAAAGACGGCGGGGUGCUGUUUCACGUUAACAAGAGCGGCUUCCCCAUCGACAGCCACACCUGGGAGCGCAUGUGGCUGCACGUGGCCAAACUGCACCCCAAGGGGGGAGAGAUGGUGGGCGCCAUCAGGAACGCCACCUUCUUGGCAAAGCCUUCAAUACCCCAGGUUCCAAACUACAGGCUGUCAAUGACGAUCCCAGACUGGCUCCAGGCGAUCCAGAACUACAUGAAGACACUACAGUAUCCUUCCGACCGGGGUCAGAGGAGAAGACCCAGCCAAGAGGAUGGGCAUGGUGAUCGCAAGUCUGAUGACCUGUCUGUCCGCAGAUGGUUAAUGGAAACAGCGAAAGAAAUGACUCGGGAGUCCCUGCCUAUCAAAUGCCUUGAAGCUGUCAUCCUGGGCAUAUACUUAACGAAUGGACAGCCUUCCAUCGAGCGAUUCCCCAUCAGCUUUAAAACCUACUUCUCAGGAAAUUACUUUCACCACGUUGUGCUGGGGAUUUACUGCAAUGGCCGCUAUGGCUCGCUGGGCAUGAGCCGAAGGGCUGAGCUGAUGGACAAGCCAUUGACCUUUCGGACUCUGAGUGACCUCAUCUUUGACUUUGAAGACUCCUACAAGAAGUAUCUUCACACAGUCAAGAAGGUCAAGAUCGGACUGUAUGUCCCCCACGAGCCUCAUAGCUUCCAGCCCAUCGAGUGGAAGCAGCUGGUCCUCAAUGUCUCAAAAAUGUUGAGGGCUGACAUAAGGAAGGAGCUGGAGAAAUAUGCCAGGGACAUGAGGAUGAAGAUCCUGAAACCUGCAAGUGCCCACUCUCCAACCCAAGUGAGAAGCCGGGGGAAAUCCCUGUCCCCCCGCAGGAGGCAGGCGAGCCCCCCAAGACGGCUUGGCAGGCGAGACAAGUCGCCUGCACUGCCUGAGAAGAAGGUGGCUGACGUCAGCACUCUGAACGAAGUGGGCUAUCAGAUCCGGAUUUAGGCCAGCCGUACCGCAGCAACAGGGCUUCUAUGGUGCUUCUCUCUGCACUUUACCCAGCAUCUUCAGGAGAACUGCAACUAUUUAUUGAGAACUGGUGAAUUUUAUUUUUAAGGAUUCACUUGGAAGUAGACUCUGAGUGGCUGGUAACAAAAAAAAAAUUCAUGAAGGGACAACCAUGAAAAGGCUGUGAUAGACCCCACUGGGGUUGGACUGUCCCCCUCACUCCAGAUAGAAAGGCUAAGACCAUAACUGUAGUUUUUUAUAUUUUCCCAUUUACCUACUUUCUUUUACUUGCUUUGAACAUUAUGCCUCUCUAGUAGUCCAUGUUCAUGAAGCCCUCCCCCCUCCCACUUUUGAUACAGUAAGGUAACUCAAUCAGUAUUAAUGUCUUUUUCAGCAAUAACAGAGGCAAAGAUUGGUGGGGUUUUUUUUAAGCAGUCAAUAUUACCUCAGCAUCUUGACAUCAGAUAUGCAAACGUAAUGGUGGGUUGUUUUUUUAAGUCUAUUUGUAUUGUUUCCCCAGUAUUUCCCAUGGGGAUCUCCACAAGGUUUGGAAUUUUUUUCCUGGUGCACACGUUAUGAGAUUUUAGGUAUUAUAUGCAAGUGUUUUACUUAAAGAGCACUGAAAUUCUUCUGGCAAUAUGGGAAAUCAUUUUCAGGAUCUUGGGAGUUACUACUUUCUUAAUCUUUCUUACAGCAUUCACUGACAGCAGCUUUUGUUCUUUCAAAACAAAACAAAAAAGCACGUUCAGAAGCUAGUCUGUUCUGUCACUAACAUUUAAACUUUGCAGACUCCAGUGAAAAGCACAUGAGGUCAUGUACGGUUACACAAAUUUAGCAGUAUUGCGAUUACCUCUGACAAUAACACCCUCAGACAGAGGCCGAGAGAAUCAGGAGGUUUUGAGAACUAGAUAACCUUGCUGUUCACAUUUCACCUCAGUUUUAAACUCUGAGUCAGGCCUUGGUUCUGAAGGACUCACUGUUGGUAGGUAGGUAAUGUCUUAUAUUAAGACCAAAUACAGCAUGAUGCGAUUCUUUUCCAGUACCGUUUUUAGGUACCACUUCAUGAUGUUUAGGAACUGGUAUUGGAAAAUGCAGUGAAUUGGAGAAGCAGAACCUUUGUUUUUUAAAUGGAAAAGACUUCGGGUACAGUGUUACAGCUUAUAGCCUGACGUUCUCCAUGGAGCAGGGGAUGAGUAUCUGGCCUGCAUAUGGCAGUUACAGUGGAACUUCUGCUGCAGACCACACAGAAUAACUCGCAUACCAAGUCUGUGUGUUAUCAAGAGUACAGCUUCUACUUCACUUGUUUGAUCUUAGCAACCAUGCCAACUCAUGAGACCAAAAAGCACAGUUUAAGUGACGUCUGUUAGUCAACAAAAGUGUUAUUUCAGUCUUGGGGCCUCCCCCUCUGGCUUUCUUUACCUGAAGGUGAUUUUGGGAAAGAUGUAAAAAAAAAAAGAAUCUGCUCAUUCAGAUUCUUUACCUCUGAGGCGACACGGGAAGGAAAAAGACUCUAUCCUUCAGCCGUGUGCAGCUGAGCUCACUGUAUCCUAAAAAUCGGUAUUAAUGGAAAGUACUAUCCUUGAAAAAAGAAGUUGAAUGUCCUUUACAUGAAAAAGGACCAAGUAAGUCCAAUCUACAUCUCAAUUAGAUUAAAACAGUUAAACACAUUCAGGACUUAACCACUUUUAAGAAUAGUACUAUCAGUAGAAUUGAAAAUGAGUUAUUUUAAUCUUCUCAAGACAAACCCAUUUGCAGCCUCCUGGCCACAUGUACUUAGAUAUUUGGAGUAGUCCGUGAAUCAUUUCAUUUUCAUUCUAAAAUACACACUUAGCUCUCUAGAUGAAAUAUAAUCAUGUUUAUCAAUCUGAAAGUUUAUUAUAUCCAAUAAGUAGACUACUUAUAGUAUUGAUAUACUGCAGUCAUUCUAAGGGCUUGGAAUAGGAUUUUCCAAGUAUUAAGUACUGUCCAGUCUAAAAUAUGGAGUGUCAAUAUUUGCAUAUCCUUGUCUCCCAGAGCGGGGGAAGGAAUUAGGAAUACAACCUGUUUCUAAUAUGCUGACGUCUAAGCCUUAAAACUGCCAACUGGCUUGAAGAUUCAAUCAGUAACCUGAUUUCUUCCACACUCACUUCUUGAUUUUAAGAUUCAUUUCCCCAAAGCAAGAGUUAGUCAACAGAAACAUGAAAAUAAGUUAAAAUGUUCUUAGUUGUUACUCUAUUUUUAUUGCCUAUGGAAUAUGUUAAUUUCUAAAAGACACAAGAAAAGUACCAAACUCUUACAUUCUAGUGAAUUGAUAAUAAGGUAAGAAAAAAAAAAAAAAGACAUGAUUUACCCCACAGAAUUGAUUUUAAAUCUGGUUAUAAUUCAAAAGAUAAAAAUCAUGAAAUGAUUUGAAAUCUAGUUUUUAAAAAAAGUUAAUGCAAGAGAAAUUUUAUGCUUAAGCCAUUGUGAUAAUACAUGCAAAGUUUAAAUGAAUGACAGAAAUCUUUAUUCUAGACUACAUGUUGUGCUGUUUUGAGUACACUUUUAUUUCAGAAAGUGAUAUUUAGUAUUUUCUAUACACUCUGAAAUCAUGAGCAUUUCACUUUUUCUAAGUCAAUUAUUUCAUAAGGAUUUUAUUAAUAGAUAUUGGUAAAUAGAACUUUGGAGAUCUUAAUUCCGUAUUCUUACUAUACCUGAGGCUUUUGUAAGCUCUAGUUUUAUGUACAACCUUGUACAGUUUUUUUGACAUACAAUUCAGAAUCUUGUUUAUUCUCUUGGACUUUGUUCUGGCCAAUACAUUUUUUUUAGAUCUCUUAAGAAAAACUGUGAUUGUUUUAGUGGGUAUUUUUCUAAGUAAAUGAAAACUUGUAUAAUGGUAUUUUAGAGAAUGCCAGAUAAGUGCAUGUUUCAAUUUAAUGUUUUUCUCAUCACUUGUAUGUUUAUACACAGCAUGAGACUUUCAAUAAAAUCAUCCUGGAAACUCAAGGAUUGUUUUCCUUCUAAAAAUAUAAA